AUGGCUGACGAAGAUUUAUUAAUGUCUAAAAAGAGUUUUGGGACAUUAAUGAAAAUACCAGAUUUAGAAUUAGAAAGAUUAUUUGAAUUUUUCGAUUAAGAAUAAUCCGGAAAAAUAGACACUUUUGAAUUUUUAUGUUGUUUGACAUUAUUAUCAUAAUCUUCAUUAAAAACUAAAUGUUAAUUAUUAUUUGAUUAAUACGAUUUUGAUAAAAAUAAAUAAAUAACAUUAAACGAAUUUACCGUUUUAAUAAAAACCAUAUUAACAUCUUUAAAUAUAAUGGUUGGUCGACGUGAAUUAAAAAUUGAAGAAGCAGUAAAAAUAGCAGAACAUAUACACAAAAAAUAUUAUGAAAAUUAAGAAUAAAACAUAAGUUUAUCUGAAUUUUAAUCAAUUGUCUCAAAAGAUGAAGACAUAAUAAAAUUAUUAUUUAAUUGCGGGCUUAUAUCAAAAGAAGAUUUACGUUUAGAUUUUGGAGGAAGUAAAGGAAUUCCUGAUGCUGAUUCUGAUUUGGAAAUCGAAAUAAACAAAUAUUAAUAAGUAUAGGACGAUACAUAUGAAAAAAUAAAAUAAGGAAUUGAAAAAAACUAAGAAUCGUUUUAAGAGAUUUAAAUGAAAAAGCCUUUGAAAUAAAAUGAAGAAGAUAAUAAUAAUAAAAAACAAUGGUAAAUAACAAUAGAAAAACUUGAUUAAUUAUAAAAUGAAACUAAAAAAGAUUCUGUUUAAAUUUCAGCAUAUUUGACAAAUUAAAUACCGAAUACUUAAUUAUAAUUAGAUUAUGUAUAUGGAUUUAACUCAAGUCAAACAAGAAAUAACAUAAAAAUAAACACAAAAGGAGAAAUUAUAUAUAAUUCUGCUUCCAUUAUAAUAAUAUUAGAUUAAUCUGGCAAACAAAGAUUUUAUACAUAACAUUAAGGAUAAAUAUCAUCAAUAGAUAUAUCUAAAGAUAUAUUAGUAACAGGAGAUUUGUUUAGAAAUCCAAUACUGAGUGUUUGGGAUUCUAUUUCAAUGGAAACUAUUGUUAAUUUUUAAGGAAUUUUAAAAAAUGGAAUUAUAUGUGUUGCGAUUUCGAAUGAUCAAACAAAAGUCGCAGGAAUUUCAUAUGGAAAUAUUAACCAUGUUUUAGCAAUUUAUGAUAUUUAAGAGGAAAUAAAAAUUUGGAAAAACAAAGAAAAAAGGAAUUUUUUAUAAAAAGAGUCAUUAAUUACAGCCGAAAAAAUUGAUUUUUCUUUUGUUUUUGAUAUGAAAUUUACAAAAAAUGAUAAAAUGCUAGUUGUUUCUUGUCAAAACGAAAUCAUCUUUAUUGAUAUUAAUAAUGGAUAAAUAGUAUAAAAUAGAGGAGUUUGGACUUAAGAUAGUUCUCCUUAAUCCUGUUUGUCAAUUGCUGUAACUAAAAAUGUUGCUGUUACAGGAAUGUUUAAAGGAAAUCUUUAUGUUUGGAAAUAAAAUAAGUUAAUUUUUGAUGCUUUUAAACAUAAAGGACCUGUCACAGCUGUUUUUAGUAGAUAAUAAAUAUCUGAAGAUAAAUAAGAUGGAAUUAUAUCAGCUGGUAGAGAUAAUUUUAUUUUAAUUUGGAAUUGGAAUGAAAAGGAUCAAUUUUUGGAAUUAAUUACCUAAAUUUCUAUAAAUGAAUAUGAACUCUAUUCAAAAAGAAUAGUAUCAAUAACUGAAGAUUAUUGUCAAAAAACAAUAACUAUAGGCACCCGAGCAUCAGAAAUAAUUUAAAUAUUAGACAUAAACCAAAAUAAAUAUAAGCAUAUAAUGCAUGGUCAUUUCUAAGGAGAAUUAUGGGGUUUAGCAACUCAUCCAAGGUAAUAAAUAUUCUUUACUGUAGGAGAGGACAACAUCUUAGCUUGUUGGGAUUUGAAAAAAAAAUGCUUAAUAAACAGUACAAAACUAGACUAUCCUGCUAGAUGUAUAGACUACACCCAAAACUAGAAAUAUUUAGCAAUAGGAUGUUUAAACGGAAACAUACUAAUAGCCGAUCCUGUAUCUUUGGUAGUAAUUUUUACUUUCAAAGAUAGGGAAAAAGCAGUUACUUGUUUAAAAUUUUCGGCUGAUUCUGAAAAUUUAAUAGUUGCUCACGAUAAGAAUUCAUGUGAAAUAUUAGUUUAUGAUUGCCGAAAUCAUUUUAAAUAAAUUUCUAGACUUAGAGGUAGUGGACAUCCAGUGACUCAUAUAGACUUUGCAAAGGAUUCAAAAAGGAAAAUUAUAUAAUGCAAUACAAGUGGAGGUGAAAUAAUCUUCUAUGAUAUUCUAGAAGAAAAUAAAUAAGGUAAAAAGGGAAAAUAAAUUACCGAUCUUAAAAUUAUUAAAGACAUUAAAUGGGAAACUCAUUCCUGUAUUUUCUAAUUUAAUCUUAAAGGUAUUUGGCCUAAUUCUUUUAAUGGAACUGAAAUUAAAUCAUCAAAUUGUUCCGAUAAAUAUAAUGUAGUGGCUGUAGGAGAUACCUUUGGCAGAAUUAAAUUACUUAAAUUUCCCAGUUAGAAUGAAAAUUAACCUUUUCUGAAGUAUUUAGGACAUUCUUCCUAAAUUAACAAACUUGCCUUUGCAUUUGAUGAUUAAUUUUUGGUUUCUAUUGGAGGAUAAGAUAAAUGCAUUAUGUAAUGGAAAAUAAUUUAAGAAAAAGAAAUUGAUAACUAAAAAUUUAUUUAUAAAAGUUUUAAAAAUAAUGAAAAUUAAUUAUAAUUAAAAGAAAAUGAAAAUACAAAUAAAGAAGAUAAUAAAGCAAUUACAAAAUAAUAAUAUGUUAGUCAAGUUUUAAAUAGUGCCCCUUCUUCGUAUUAACCUUAAGAUGAUUUGAAGUACAACUAAGUCCCAUAGCAAUAACUUUAGUUGUAGUAAAUAAAAGGUUUUUCAUGCAAUUACAAAGGAAAUUAUUUAAUAAAUAUGUGCAAGUAUAUAAAUAAUAAUUAAUAUAUAUUCAAUGCUUCUAAAAUUGUAGUUGUGGCUGAAAAAAAUCGUAAUUAAUCCUUCUUUAUGAAUCACAAUGAAUAAAUUCUUUCUAUUGCAAUAAACCCUAUUAAUAAAAAUAUAAUUGCUACAGGACAAAAAAAAACUAAAUUAUCAAAUUAUACAUAAUAUUAAGAAAAUUUAUAAGAACCACAUAUAUCUUAUAAUAAAACUUCUAAUGAAAAUAUUACUUAAAGUAUUUACGUUUGGGAUGCUUAAACUAAAAAAGUUUUAGCGCAUAUUAAUGAUUUUCAUAUUAAUUCAAUUAGUUAUUUAGAAUUUUCUCCUGAUGGAUAAUAUUUACUUUCUAUAGGAGAAGAUAGUAGUCAUACACUUGUAUUAUAUAAUUGGACCUAAUGUUCAAUAAUUUUGAAUUAAUAAAUAGAUUAAUAAUAAAUUAACGCAUUAGCUUGGAAAAAUAAUAAUUAGUUUAUAAUAUGUGGAUCAAACUUUAUAAAAUUUUGGGAAAUUAUAGGAAAUAAUCUAACUUGUAAAUUAUUUAUUUAAAACUAAAAAUUAAAAAUAUAAAUAUAUAUUAUUUAUGCUUAAAAUGGAAUUUGUGUAAGUGGAGGUUUAAAUGGUUAAAUUUUUGUUUGGGAAAAUGAUAAUAUAAUUAUUUAGGAGUUGGUAGCACAUUAAAAUUAAGUAAUUUCUUUAUUAAGCUUUUAAGAAGAAAACUCUUAAAGACAUGUUUUAUAUUCAGGAAGCUUAGACGGAAAAAUAAUAAAAUGGGUUUUUAAAUAAAAUAAACUUGAAUAAGAGUCUGUAAUAUUGUAAUUAUAAAAUUAAUUUUCCUAAGAAAUUGGAAUAAUAUCAUUAUCAGUAAGCGAUAACUUAAAUUAAUUAUUAAUUGGUUCAACAAAUUCUGAAAUAUAUGAAUGGGAAAUAAAUAACUCGAGUUUAAAAAAAAUCACAGAAGGUCAUUUUGGAGGCGAACUUUGGGGUUGCGCAGUUCAUCCUUUUAAAUAAAUAUUCGCUACUUGUGGAGGGGAUAAAACUUUAAGAGUCUGGGAUAUAGAAAAUCAAAGUAUUAUUAAUACUACUCAUUUAUAGGAAGAUUGUAGAGCGAUUGAUUGGGCUUCAAAAACAGGAAGUUUUAUAGUUAUUGGGGAUAUUAAAGGAAUGAUAAGAUUAUAUAAUACAUAAAAUUUUUAAGAGGAGGAUUUUAAGGGUUUUUUUUAUUUUUUUAAUAUUUUUUUUUAUUUCUUUAAAUUAGAAACUAAGAAUUAUAAACACACAAUUAAUAUUUAAAUAAAAAAACUACUUCACUGGAUUUAAGACAUAAAAAUUUCAGCAGAUGAAAAAAUGGUAACUUUUGGGGUACACGGAAUAAAUUCUUCUAUAGAAAUUUUUGAAAUUUAAAACAUGAAAUUUACUUAAAAUAUAAAUUCGAUUAAUAUAUAAAAAGAAUUAUCAGGCUCAAUUAUUCAUUUAGACUGGUCUUGUAAUUCUUAAAUAUUAGCUGUAAAUACAGAUAAUUUUGAAUUAAAAUACAUUAAUUUGCAUAGUAAAAAUUCAGUUCCUCCAAAUUAAAUAAAAGAGGAAAAAUGGCAUACAUGGACUUGUAUAUAUGGUUGGUUUUCUAAAGGAAUAUUCAAAUAUAGAGAUGGAAAAGAUGUAGAUUCAUGCAUUAGAUCUUAUAAUAGUAAAGUUUUAGUAACAGGUGAUGAUUUUGGGAAUAUAAAUUUAUAUAAUUAUCCAACUUGUGUACCCAAAUAAAUCCAUCAUACAUAUAGAGCCCAUUCUUCCAAAAUAACAAGGGUUAGAUUUACACCAGAAGAUAAAUAUUUAAUAUCUAUAGGAGGAGAAGACUAAUCAAUAAUGGUAUGGAAAACGGUUAAUAUUUAAGAAGAUAUUACAGAUUAGAAACAAGAUCUUGAACUAAAUUCCUAUUUAGAAGAAAUUGGAAUUAUUUAGUUUUCAGAAAAUCAAAAAGCUUAUAAAUAUUAAAAAAAAAAUGCCAAAAAUGUUGAUUAAAAUUAUGAUCUAAGUUAAUAAAAACCUUGGAUGGAAUAAAUAAAAGAACCUUCAAAUUAUUACAAAGAUGCUUUAAAUCAAUAUAAAGCUCCUCCUAUAUAAUUAUAAUUAGAAUACGUUUACGGAUAUAGAUCAUAUGAUUGUCGAAAUAAUAUUUUUUAUUUAUAAAGCGGACACAUUCUUUACCAUGCUGCAUGCCUAGCUAUUGUACUUGAUAAAGAAAAUAAUACUCAAUAAUAUUUUGAUUUACAUUAAAAUUAUAUAUCCGCAAUUUGUUUACAUCCUGAUAAAAUAAAAGUUGCGACAGGAGAAUAAAGCCAAAAACCUUCAAUUUAUGUUUGGGAUAGUUUCACAAUGUAAGAAUUAUGCCAUUUUAAAGGAAGUUUAAGUAAAGGAAUUAGCUGUUUGUAAUUUUCCCCUUCUGGAGAAAAGCUAGUAGCUGGAUCUAUUAGUAAUGAUAAUUAAAUUGCUGUUUUUGACAUUUAAACUAAAUCUAAAUUUGGAGGGUAAUUACUUUUUACAUAAAAAAGUGGAUUAAAUUUAAAUAUUGGAGUUUAAUGGAGAAACGAAUAUGAAUUUGGUAUUAUAGGUAAUAAAGGUUUAAAAAUAUGGAAUAUUUAUGAAAGUGGACUAUUUUAAUAUAAUUGUUAAAAUUAAAACCCAAAAAUAUUAAUCUCUGUUUGUAUUUUUAAGGAAAAUAAUUAUGUUUGUGGAGCUAUUGAUGGGUCAAUAUAAGUUUAUAAUAAAAAAAACAUGAUUUAUUCUGAAAAUAUUCAUUCUAAAUAAAUUGAUUGUCUAACUCCUAAAGGAAGCAUAUUAAUUACAGGAUCUAAAGAUUAAAGUAUUGCUUUUCUCGACAUAAAUUAUGCAAUAAUAAUAAGAGUGGAUUUAUAAACAAUAUUUAUAGGCUAUUUAGAAUCUGUUUGUAGUGAAAUAAGGGCCAUAAGUGUUUCAAAUGAUGAAAUGCACAUUUUAAUAGGCACGAUAGGUUCUGAAAUAUAUGAAAUACAAUUAAAUGAUGAAAAAAUAACUAAAAACACUAAAUUUUCGAAUACAAAAUUAAUUCUCCAAAGCCAUUAUUGUCCAAAUAAACGAGAAAUAAACGAAGUAAAAGGUCUAAGUAUAUUUUCAACUAAUUAAGAUUUAUUUAUAACAUGUGCAGAUGAUGGUACAAUAAGAACAUGGUCAUGUAGUUAAAGAAAAUAAGAAAAAUGUUUAAAAACAACAAAUGACAAUAAUAUAGAAUUUAAAGUUAAUGAAUAACAAAAUGAAAUUUCAGAUUCUUCUAAAGGAACUUGUAUAUAUGUUUCUCCAGACGGAAAUUAUAUAGCCUAAGGUUUUUAAGAUGGAUCAAUAAAACUAUAUGAUAAAAAUUUUAAUUUGUAAUAAUAAACAAGAAAUGCAAGAGAAUAUAUAUCAGAUAUAAAAAUCUCGCCUGAUAAUAAACUCAUAGCCGCAGGUUCUUAUGAUAGUUAAAUUUAUAUAUAUGAAAUUCCUACUUUGAAAUUAGUUAUGCGUCCAUUAAGAAAGCAUACAGGAAGAGUUACUCAUUUAGAUUUUUCUUAAGAUGGAAAUUCUUUACAUUCGAAUUGUUCUGCUUAUGAACUCUAACAUUGGUCGCUUAUUUAGCAUACUUCUAUUAAUAAUGGAGGUAUUUUUUUUAAAGAUGAAUUCUGGCAUACAUGGACUACUCCUUUAGGAUGGCCAGUAUUUUUUUUUAUUUUAUUUUAUUUUAAAAAAAUUAUUUUCAAAGAGUUAAGAAGUAACUUUACUUAUUCAAAAACUUAAAAUGAUAAAGAUAGUUAUUAUUUACUUGCUAGUGGAGAUGAUAAAGGAAAAGUUAAAGUCUUCAGAUAUCCUUGUGUGAAAAAAGGAUCAAAUGCAGUAGAAGGUAAAGGACAUUCUAGAAAUGUUUAAAAAGUUAAAUUUUUACCAAAUGAUGAAUAUUUGAUUAGCUGUGGUAGUGAUGGAUGUGUUUUUUAAUGGAAAAUUAAUAAGAUAAAAUGA